GUCGCCUGCCAGAUGACCGUGCUCGCAGACGGCUGCCGGGCGCCGGGCGCCGGGCAUGUCCCUUGAGUGCGCUCAGGCGGCGGGCACCGAGCCCCCGCGCAGUUUGGAGCGGGCCAACCGUACUCGCUUCCCCUUCUUCUCCGACAUCAAGGGCGACCACUGGCUGGUGCUGAGCACCGUGGAGACAGUCGUAUUAGGGCUCAUCUUUGCGGUGUCGCUGUUGGGCAACGUGUGCGCCCUGGUCCUAGUGGCGCGCCGACGCCGCCGCGGUACAGCCGCCUGCCUGGUGCUCAACCUCUUCUGCGCUGAUCUGCUUUUCACCAGCGCCAUCCCGCCCGUGCUGGUGGUGCGCUGGACCGAGGCCUGGCGGCUGGGUCCCGUCGCCUGUCACCUGCUCUUCUACAUGAUGACCCUGAGCGGCAGCGUCACCAUCCUCACUCUGGCCGCGGUCAGCCUGGAGCGCAUGGUGUGCAUAGUGCGCCUGCAGCGCGGCGUGCAGGGCCCCGGGUGGAGAGUGCGGGCCGUGAUGCUGACGCUCAUCUGGGUCUACUCUGCGCUCUCCGCUCUGCCGCUCUGCGUUUUCUUCCACGUCGUCCCGCAGCGGCUCCCUGGCGCGGACCAGGAGAUUCCAGUUUGCACACUGGUUUGGCCCAGCAUUGAAGGAGAAAUCUCUUGGGAUGUGUCUUUUGCUAUUUUGAACUUCUUGGUGCCAGGACUGGUCAUUGUGAUCAGUUACACCAAAAUUUUACAGAUCACGAAGGCGUCCAGGAAGAGGCUCACGGUGAGCCUGGCCUACUCGGAGAGCCACCAGAUCCGCGUGUCCCAGCAGGACUUUCGGCUCUUCCGCACCCUCUUCCUGCUCAUGGUCUCCUUCUUCAUCAUGUGGAGCCCCAUCAUCAUCAUCAUCCUCCUCAUCCUCAUCCAGAACUUUAAGCAAGACCUGGUCAUCUGGCCGUCCCUCUUCUUUUGGGUGGUGGCCUUCACGUUCACCAACUCAGCCCUAAACCCCAUUUUCUACAACAUGUCACUGUUUAAGAACAAAUGGAAGAAAAUCUUCCACUGCUUCUUGUUCUCAGAAAAGGGAGCCAUUUUUACAGACACGUCUGUAAGAAGAAAUGAUUUGUCUGUUAUUUCCAACUAAUUCAUUUUUCUCUAUAGGCAGAGUUUCUUGCUACAGGGCCAGCCACAGUACAGGUUAAUUUCCAGGACUGCCCUACAAGUGCACCCUGCUUUCAGAAAGUUUAACCUCUGCAAAUACACAUUUACAGCAACAAGCAAAUUAAGGGAUGAUUAUUCAAUAUAACAAUUUUUAUCCUUUACAAAAGGAUCUGCUAUGUGUUCCUUUUAAAUAUGAACUUCUCCAGUGUGUUUAUAGUAUAAUUAACAAAUUUGUGUUGAUAACUUCAGCAAUCAUCUCUCCUACAUAUAAAGCCACAUCUUCCUGGUUUCUUAAUUGAGGCUUGGAACUGAUCCAGGCCCCAGAUUUCUUCUUUGAAGAGUCACGGCUGUUCUAAGCUCCUGCUCUGGACUUACAAGAACUCAGGAUCAUUCAUUCAUGUCAAGAACGCUUGAGGAAUUUACAAGGAAAAAUAAAAGGUGAACAUUUUUCAUUUCCAAAAAAUGCCAUGACCCCUUUAGGGAAAGAGGUGUCAAAAUCAGAGAGAAGGUAGGAUAACUCCAAAACUUUGGUGAGUGGAAGCAUGAGUGAAUCCUUUUGUUGACUGUCUGUUAAGCACCUGUUUUGGGAAUACAGUGGUGAACUGACAGCCAUGGUCCUGCUCUCAUGGUGUUCACCUGCUAGUGAGGAGAGAGAAACACUAGACAUACGUGGAUAAGUAAUAUAGCCAUAGCGUGAAGAAUUAGCAGCAUGAUAAAAAUCUGAUAGGGUGCUAUGGCAGUGAUGGUAAUUUAGAUGGGGGUGAGAGGGACAUCUUGGAAGACCUUUCUGAGGAGUGAUAUUUGGGCAGAAAGGUGAUAGACAAGAAAGGGCCAGCCAUGUGCAUCUGGGGGAGGGGCUUUGCCAGCAGAGGAGACAAUGGUGCAAAGAGGUUGGCAUGUCUGUGGGAGCAAAAGAAGAGUGGUAUGGCCACAGCAAAGCAAACCACACAUUGCGCCUUCUCUGCGUGAGGCACUGUCCUUGAAGGUGGCACAGAGGGGUGUGCCUUGCUGGAUGGAGCCCAGCAAGUGAGUCCAGAGAAGAUACAGGGUAGAUGGUGCAGGGUCUGGAAGGCUACCCUGUGGAGUUUCUAUUCUUUGUCCAGUAGACAGCCACUGGAGGUUUGCAGUUGGAGACUUAUGUGACCUAAUGCAUGUUUUUAAAUAUCACUGUGGCUGCUGAGCAGGGAAUGAACUUUGAGGAGCAAGAUUGAAAAUGGGGAGCAGGUAGACAGCUACUGAAGUAGAAAAGAUGAUGGGGAACUUGGAGGUGAGCUGUGUCAUCAGAGUUGUGAGAGCAAUCAUCCCUGAGAUACACUUUAGGAAGGCAAGCAAACACGAUUUAUUGAUGGACUGGAUUUAAAAUGUGAGGGAAAGAGAGGAUCCAAGGGUGACUCCUAGGAUUUUAGCCUGACACUACUUGGAUGGUGGAGCAGGAAACAAAAAAAUGGGGAUGACCAGAAAGCCGUGGGGGUAGGAGGGCCAACAGCUUCUUUGAGGGCAUAUAAGUCUGAAAUCCGAGUGAGACAUCUGAAUAGAGAGUAGGCGGUUGGAUGCAGGACUGUGGAGCUUGGACCUGGAGAGACAAUGUUAGGAGUCAACAGAUGGUAUUGACAGACCCAUGGUUUUAUGAAAUAUCCCUGGGAGAGAAAAGAGAGAGAGAAGAAACUGGAGCCAAAGACUGAACCCAGGGACACACCAGCCCUUGGAGGUUAGGCCAACGGUUGGAGCACAAAGUAGCACAGGGCCUGCCUGGCACAUGGCAGGUCUCAACAAAUCUUGGUUGACAGGUACAUCGGUGCCCACAGCUGCCAUUGCUCAUGCAGUUUAUGGAGCAGCUUGUUUCUGAAAUAAGAUUUAUGGAGAUCACAGACUUGAGAACAAAAUGACAGGGCGUAUUUGUUCAUCUUCAGUUAAUAGAUUUGGUAAAUUAAAGUUCUUUUGGGAAGUGA